UGCUGGGCUAUGCUAGUACUGUGUGACUCUUAACAUCAGACAGGCAGACCGAACAGAUUUAUACGGACUGUUUUAAGUUAUUUGUUGAUCGGCGAUCUCGCACUGGAUGUGAAGGGGUUUCUAUGAGGGCUUGAGUCAGACGUACGUAACUAGCGCGGUUUCAGUGACCGCCCACUCCGGCUGCUAACAGUGGUAAAACAAACGCCCCUCCUCCGUUUCCGCUGAGAGGUGCAGGCCGUGGAGUGGGUACAGGCCGCCAGGUGGCCAUAAAUGGGAGAGGGGGACCAGGACGCCGUGUUCAGUGUGGUUCGAAAGGGUUCAGACCGGCUGCUCACCCAUGGUUCCGCUGUGGCUGCUGGCGGUGGUGUGUUCGGUCCCCGCACACGCCGACUUCUUCCACUUCGACACCAUCUCCAAUGCUUCCACCUACUAUUUUAACUACAUUUACUGUAAUAUAUGGGAGGGGGAGUGUCAGCCGAACCAGGACGAUGCUACACAGCAAGUUCCGACCAGGGACCUUUGGGCCGGGUUUCCUCAGGACUACCUGAGCCUGGUGCAUCAGUGGUACUGUAGUCUGGGCCAGUGCUGUGAGUCCGGAGAUUGUAGGAUCAGCAACAACAUCACAGGUCUGGCCAGUGACCUGCAGACGAAGCUCCAUGGACAGCACCUGGCCCAGUCUGUGGUUCUGAAAGCCAUCCAGGGUUUCAUCAAUAACCCAGAGUCCAACAAGCCACUGACCCUGUCCUUCCAUGGCUGGUCCGGAACUGGAAAGAACUUUGUGGCACGGAUCAUCGCUGACAACCUGUACCGGGAUGGGGUGAAGAGUGAGUGUGUCCGUCUCUUCAUCGCCCCGUUCCACUUCCCUCAUGCCAGACUGGUGGACACGUACAAGGGUCAGCUGAGAGAAGCCAUCAGGGACAUGGUUUUGCGUUGUCCUCAGACUCUGUUCAUUUUUGACGAGGCAGAGAAGCUUCAUCCAGGACUCAUUGAUGCCAUCAAACCCUACAUGGACCAUUAUGACAACGUUGAUGGUGUGAGCUACCGCAGAGCCAUCUUCCUCUUCCUCAGUAAUAUUGGUGGAGCAACUAUUAACGACGUAGCGCUGGACUUUUGGCACUCGGGUCAAAACCGAGAGGACAUCGGCAUGGAAGACCUAGAGCAUCGGUUACGAGCUGAAACGAUGGAGUCUCAAGGUGGGUUUGCUCAGAGUGAGCUGAUGUCUGGUCACUUAAUCGAUUUCUUCGUGCCCUUCCUGCCUCUGGAGUAUCGCCACGUGAAGCUCUGUGCACGUGAUGCCUACGCAGCGCGAGGUCUGGAGACGGAUGAAGCGACGCUCGAUGAGGUGGCCAAGGCCAUGCUGUACGUACCCAAAGAGGAAAGACUGUUUUCAGCCCAAGGAUGCAAAUCCAUACCCCAGCGGAUCAACUUCUUCCUCCCCUAGAAGGGGAUGAGAUCAACAGAGGAGACCUGGCAGAGGUGUGAGAUUGCUUUACGAGCCCAUCUGCAUACGGAGCCACAGAGGACAUGCGUGUUCUCUGCUCUGCUCUACAAACUCUACCCCCCCCCUCCCACAGAUGAGUCUGUUCAAGUCCCUCAGAGGAAGCCAUCCAGCCAGCAGGGCAGACCCAGUGUGAGCCGGGAGAGCAGCACCCUCCAUCCUGCUGACAGAGGUCUCAGAAAGCGUGGACGUACCAGAGGUCAUCAUGUGUUGUAUAGCUGCUCUUCUUCAACCUGCCUGGUCUGAACCCACAGUAUCGAAGAUGGAGAUCUGAAGAUAAUGAUAUCAGUGGCUGUGCAGUAUGUGUUACAGAGAUAGACAUUUUUGUCAUGUCGCAUUAUUUAUGUAUGGUCAAAUCUCCCAAAGUCUGAAUUUCACUGUUUACAUUAAGGUAAGGACAUAAGUCAUGUAUAUGUAAAUUCAUGUCUGACAAAGUGCACUCAUUAUUUAUUGACAUCUUUGUCAUCCUUUAAUAAAUUGCUGUAUUAGAUUAUUUUUACUGAAUUGUGUGAAUGGCUCUUGUUAAAGGCAUUAACUUGGGCUGUCUUAAAUUUUAAAUUGUGAAGAAUGUCUAACCGACAGGCAUCUACUUUGAUGCGCGUGAUGACAUUGCAACAGUAAAAUGUCAAGAGAAGUGAACAAAAUUCAACAUUGCUAUAUCAUACUUAAUUUUUAAUAUCAGUCAUUUUAAAGGUUCUGUUGAGCUUAUUGUUUAUUAUCAACUUAAUAAUUUUUUGAUAUUGUAGAUUUUUUUUAAAAGAUAUAGUAAUAUCGUACAUAGUUUACAAAUAUGCUCUUAUCUGCUGAUUUGGUUUCUUUCUCACUCAUGCAUUCAAACAGAUCUGUGUUUUAGCUUCAGAUAUUUUGUCAUGUGAAACCCUUGUUACAACCCAAAUGGAAAUGUGGUCCAAAAAAUAAAAUUUUACAUUAAACAAG